AUGACUUUGCCCGACUGGGAAAAAGCGGCCUUCGCUGCUCCUCCGGAGCUAACGGUGCGGGGCCGGCCUCCGCGAGGGGAGCUCUUCGGCAGGGAACAGAUCAUCUUUGUUCACGGCAAGGUAGAAGGUGCCAUGGGCCUACCAUCAGCUGACGAGAACAGCUUCUCAGAUCCCUACUGUGUCGUGGAGGCUCUGUCCCGUGGGACCCAGAGGCUUUUUGUGCACCGAACUCGCGUGAUUCCCAAGACGCUUUGUCCCGAAUGGAACGAGGCCUUCUAUUUCGCUUGCCCGAAGGACUUUGAGCUAAACCGGCUAAUGUUUAGUAUCUUCGACCGGGAUGAGACGAUGAUCGCCAUGAUCGGGGCUGGCAUUGAUCCGCUUGACCAGGAUGAGUUUUUGGGGCGUGCAAGCAUCGAUAUUUCGUAUUUGCGAAAUGGCGACAUGCUGAUGGAAGAGCUUCCGGUAUCUGGCUCAGUCAUCGGUGCUAAGGUCAAGACAACCGCAGGGUUUCGUCGAGUACCCACCAUUUCCAUUGAAGUUGGCGUCCAGCGCCGCAUCAAGCCCAUGUAUGGGGUGGCUCCCGAAGACCACUCGGCCGUGAUCCCGCGCCGAACCCAUCGAGUUAGCCGGCAGCCUGGGAACUUUGGCUUCUCUGACACGUCCCAGUUUGUGGAUGAGAUCUCCGAGGCGGAGCGCACAGCCACGCAGGUCAUGGAGGCCAACAACACGGGUCGGCUCUUGAAGGGCUCACACAUGGGCAUGCCGCCCAAUUGGAUCUCCCUGCCCGAAGCCAUCGAUACCUGGGAGUUGCCUCCUCCUGAGGAGCCCGUCCCAGACUUGGAGGCAGAGAUGAGGAAACAUGCAGAAAAGGCAGCGCGUGCUGGGCAAAUCCCCGAAGGCUUCGACUUCACGCAUGAGCCCCCGCCAAGGGCUGCGCGGAGUUUGCCGAUGCUCCAUUCGAGGUUCGCCCAGCCAAAGGCGCUCUUCCGGCGCUUAGCGAAGGAGCGAAAAGCAGGCAAGCCCGGAAGCACUGCCAUCCAGCAAGGUUUCAAUGCGAGAUCAAAGCUGAAUAUUGUGCAAAGUCUGAAGGGCUUGUGGUACAAACCAACUCCAGAAACGCUUGUGCACCGGCGCCUUGAGGAGAACGGUGACGACAACAGCUCUGCAGGAAGCCCCACAUCACACGACUGGGUGCUGCGCUAG